AUGACUACUACAUUCAAACAACUUUUCGUGGUCGCUUUGAUUCUAACACUCUUCGCUUCAUCGGACGCAUUGCCAGGUUAUGCUUAUCCAAGUUGGCCUAGUGGUAAUAACCAAAUUGCAAACAGCUGCAAUCAAUUCGCCGCUAGUGGCGCCACCGGAGGUCCUGGCUUUAUUAACACUGGCAAUUCCCUCAGCGGAUGGGGCGUUGGUGGAAACGCUCUGUGA